CUCUCGAGUACCGAAUGCAAAAACCCUCGAUCCGUGAUGGGUGAUACCCUGAAAAAGCAAUGAAUGCUUGACCGUUCGUCGUCGCGCAGGGGAAAAGAAUUGCCCUCAGUUCUAGUGCCUCGAACAAGUGGCGAUUGUCGAGAGUAACAAUUCACGAGUGCUCGUAUUUUCGACAGUUAUUUGUGGUGACUCGGGACCCGUGAAAUGCGCGUCCUCGGGGUGCAGGCGGUGGCUGAAAAGUGGCGAGAACACAAGUGAAAUAAGAACGUGCGGUUUUUCCGCUGUUUUAUUAUUUUCCCCUCGUUUUUCCUCGUUUACUCUUGGAUUUUGUGAUCGGGGGGCACCUACUGGCAGUGUCACCGCUCCAAUCCUUCAAUUCUGUUUGUCACGGCUGCGUAUGGUACCGAGGAGUAACACGUACCGCAGACGUAGACGAUAAAUUUUUUUUACCCUGUUUAAUGAAGCAUUAGCCUGUGUAUCAGUACACAUUUGGUGUAGGCAUCCGUCUCUCUCUGGUUAACGAGAGGAGAGAGGGGGGCACAGAGGCUAUUGAGAGAGGCAAGAUGGCUGGGUAUUGUUGAGAGGUACCAGGCGGAAAGCGGGGCCGGACGUUCAGUCGGUGGAUAAAGAGGAAAAAAAGAGACAAGGAGGAAAAAAUAACGAGAAAAGAGGCCACGUCGGAUCAAGCGAGGAACUGAAAUCACAGUGGCCCGAUACCUCACGGCUCACGAGAAACAAGAACAUGACGCAAAUAUAUCGCCUGUAACUGAAUACCGUGGGGCGGGGAGGAGUAAAAGUUUUUCAUCUUGGAAAUAAAUUUUUUGGGCUGAAAUAAACGACGAGACACUGGUCGAGGAGUGAAAGGGAAUGUGUGACAUGUUUAUCCAAACUCAGCAAACGAGCAGCGUCAACAGCAGCAGCAGCAGUAGCAGCAGCAGCAGUAGUAACAAUACCGCUCAUCAUCACAGUAAAAAACGUAAAUUGGAUUAUAAUGUUUGUCAACCAGUGAUCCAACACUCAUUGGUACAAUCGAGCGGCGAUUACCAAUUGGAUAAUACUGGACUACAGCGUUACUCUGUGACUGGUACUAACGCCGGAUUCGGCACGCUGCAGAAUAAUGGGCUGCAGAAGAGUCCGAAUCAGCAGACCCUGGUGCGUGCAUCCACUAUCAAACUUUUAGACACGUAUCAACGGUGCGGACAGAAGAGAAAAACUUGGUCGAGGGAGGGUAAUGAGGCCCUGGCGGUGCAACCAUCAAAUUUGACAAACGGUGUUGGCAGUACAGUUGUGCCACCAAUUCACUCCCAACAUCAGCAGCAGCAACAGCCACAGUUUCACCAGCAAACACAACAGCCACCUCAACAGCAACAACACAAACAGACAAAUAUGACGUCACACAGCAAACAAGUUGCUAAUACGGGCAAUGGUGGUGGCAGUAAUCCCCAAGGUGAUGGAGAUUAUCAACUGGUACAGCACGAGGUCCUGUACUCUAUGACCAAUCAGUACGAAGUCCUUGAGUUUCUUGGAAGAGGGACAUUUGGACAAGUUGUCAAAUGUUGGAAGAAGGGAACCAACGAAAUUGUCGCCAUCAAAAUUCUGAAGAAUCAUCCUUCGUACGCGCGCCAAGGUCAAAUUGAGGUCUCCAUCCUGUCACGACUGAGCCAGGAAAAUGCGGAUGAGUUCAACUUUGUGCGCGCUUACGAGUGCUUUCAGCACAAAUCCCAUACCUGUUUGGUCUUUGAGAUGCUGGAGCAGAACCUCUAUGACUUUCUUAAACAGAAUAAAUUUUCACCCCUGCCACUUAAGUACAUUAGACCCAUUCUUCAACAAGUACUUACGGCGCUUCUCAAGCUGAAGCAACUGGGCCUGAUUCACGCGGACUUAAAACCCGAGAACAUAAUGCUGGUGGAUCCAGUGCGUCAGCCCUAUCGCGUCAAAGUCAUUGACUUUGGUUCUGCCUCCCACGUAUCAAAAGCUGUAUGCAACACUUAUCUCCAGUCACGAUACUAUCGUGCACCGGAAAUCAUCCUAGGUCUGCCUUUCUGCGAAGCUAUUGACAUGUGGUCCCUCGGUUGCGUUGUUGCGGAAUUGUUUCUCGGCUGGCCCCUCUAUCCUGGCAGCUCCGAGUACGAUCAGAUACGCUACAUAAGCCAGACACAGGGCCUACCGACUGAACACAUGCUCAAUAAUGCCAGCAAAACGACAAAAUUUUUUUAUCGCGAUAUGGACAGCACGUAUCCGUUUUGGCGAUUAAAAACACCUGAGGAGCAUGAGGCUGAGACUGGUAUAAAGUCCAAGGAGGCUAGGAAAUAUAUUUUCAAUUGUCUGGAUGACAUUGGACAAGUUAAUGUACCAACUGAUUUGGAGGGGGGACAGCUGCUUGCUGAGAAGGCUGAUAGACGGGAGUUUAUUGAUCUUCUCAAACGGAUGCUCACGAUGGACCAGGUAGAGCGUCGUAUAACCCCUGGAGAAGCCCUGAACCACGCAUUUGUUACGCUGGCCCAUCUCGUGGAUUACGCCCACUGCAACAACGUAAAGGCAUCAGUCCAGAUGAUGGAGGUAUGCCGGCGAGCCGGUGACUUCACAGCAAGUCCAACGCACCACCAGGCGCCCCCAGCGCCCCAGCCACCGCCUCCAACCUCCCUCGUCGCUAAUUUCGUUCCCACGACGAAUGGCAGUGCAGUUACCCUGACAUUCAACAAUCAAGUCCAGAGACUAGUCAGAGAGCACAGAACAGCCCAGACUGGAUACGGAGAUUUGUACCAGAUAUACAGCAAUAGUACGAGAAGGGCGACGCAGUACAGUGGCUCAUCGAGUGGCUCCAAUGGUGGCAGAAGUGGUGUUCACGAUUUUCCCCAUCAACUUGUCCCAGGAAUACUCUGUCCACCACCUGGUUAUCAGACUAUGCCGAGCCCAGCUAAACAUGUUGUUGUGGCACAACCACCGCAGGCACAGCAGGCACCACUGCAGAUUCAACCGUCGAUUAUUUCUCAGCAGGCAGUGGCUGCAGCUGCUGCUGCUGCACAACAACAGUACGCCGCUGUGCCGGUCUCCAUGGUGGAGACUGGAAGGCAAAUGCUGCUCACCAAUGCUGUGCAAACAUCGUGGCCUGGGGGCAGUCGGCAAAUGGCCGCCAUCGUGCCCAGUUGGCAACAAUUGCCUCCUCAACAUGCUGCCAUUCAACAGCCACUGCUCAGCGAUGCUGGAGACUGGGGGAGACCUCUCAUUGUUGAUAGCUCGGCUAUCAUACAGCGUCCCGUGUUCCCCGUAACUGAAGUGUACAACACGAGCGCAUUAGUGGAGCAUCCGCCUCAGAGCUGGGGCAAACGAAGUGUCACAAAGCAUCACCAGCAUCACCUGACAGUGCCCCAGCAAUCUCAACACCGGCAUGACCACAAGAAGGAGACGCAGCAGUUGAGUCCGGUGAAGAAACGAGUGAAGGAGAGCACUCCACCGAGCAGCAUGAGGCGACAUUCACCAUCGAAUGGCCACUGGCAGCAGCAGACAGUCCAGUCGUCGCAUCAUCACAGUGGAAAACACGCUAGCAAUCAUAAUGCUGAGCAUCAGCAGGUGGCGGCUGUACGACAGCAGACAAUCACUAUUCAUGACACACCUUCUCCAGCUGUAUCGGUUAUUACUAUCAGUGAUAGCGAGGAUGAAACACCUGGAAAAUGCACUCAAUCGACACCUCGAAUCAUCCAAAAUUCUCAAUCAGUGCAUUCGACGAGUCAGCCUCAUGCUCAUGGCCAGAACUCACAUGGGAGCACAAGGGCGCACAGGAAAAAUGUGAUAAGUUGUGUAACUGUGGGUGAUAGCGACGGAGAAGCUAGUCCUGGAAGGGCGCACACCCAGUUGUACCCUCCCUCGCAUUUGUCGCAGAAUCAACAGCAUCAGCAGACUACCCAGCAUAUCAAGCAUGAACCGCAGCCCCAGCAUCACGUGAGUUCUGGCUAUUCGCAAUCACAGAAAAAGCGGCUACUGGCUAAAGUUCAAUCAGAGUGCAACAUGAUAAAUGUAGCAACGAAACCGGAGCCAGGAGUUGAGUAUCUCGCUCCACAUCCGUGCCACGCGCCAGCCUGCAAGGAGCCACCGACCUAUCAGGCUGACGUCUAUGACAUGCAUGACUACUUAUUGCAGUAUGUGACCACGAGUAGCGCGCAUCCGCACCUUCAGGAGCAGCAUAUUGUUUACACUACUGGUGCUGAGAAGCGUGUGUCAUGGCCGGCUAAACGGGCUGAGUACAAGCACGAGUACGUCCAGCCACCGGUUGCCCACUCGAGAGACCAUCAGAAGUGGGCUGUCGCCAAUCCAGUGCAUCAGUACAGGCAAAGCCAGGUGGUGGCCUCAGCAUCACAUCCGAGUCAUGGCCACAGCCACCACGGGCAUCCUGUCCAUCUGAGCCCCGGGGGUGGUGGUGGUGGCGCUGGUGGUGGACGGAGUCCAGCUGCUGGUCCUGUUGUAGGGGGCAGCCAACAUCUUGGUCAGCCCCUUUACCAGGAGUAUGCUCAUGUACGCGCACGUGGACAUCCUGUACCACCCCCUGUUUACGUAACUGCUGCGCCAUCACAAGCUCCCACUGCGAUACAGCAACAGCAAGUGCCCACCUACCAGGGAUUCACACCCGGGUGGGUACCUAGACAACUAGUUGAUGCAUGCAUCUCGUCACCACUAACGUUGUAUGAUUCUAGUCGUGCACUUCCACCACCAGCGCAUCAUAGCUCGGCAAGACCACUGCUGGCAAGUCAUGCGGCGCAUCCCCUGCCCGCACACAUGCAGCCCACAGCUGUUUACGGUUUGGCACCCCUAUCGCCAGCUAAACAUCAAUAUCAACCGUCCGGCUUGUGGUUCACCGAGUAAUUCGGCUAAACCGAUUCCGACGAAUAUCCCCCCACCCCUCCCCCAUGCGAAUCUCGAUGAUACCAGAAUAACGAAGAGAUUCGUCAAUCGACAAGCAUCAAACCACCACGUGAUGCAGCAAACAAUGAAUUAUUUGUUAAUCUCUUAACGCAAAUGCAUAUGUUAAUGCACGAGGAUCAGUGUUAAUUAUAUUUCAAUCUAUAAAUGAAAUUUUGUGUUUUGUGGGGCUGUUUUAGGUCGUAAUCACAGUCAGAUUAUUUUAAUUCGUUCAAUGCAUCACAUUUCUAUUCGUAAUCCGUCCGAUAAUGAUGAAUUCACUUUCAAUGAACCAUAUUCGAUGGUUUUACGUGCAUAAAAAACGGACUGGUAGGAUUUACUUGAAUAUGGAGGUGAAUUAUCCAGCGUUCGAACGAACGCAAAAUCACAUUUGCAGUUAAAUAUCGAGAGAAUUCAUGAGAGAGAAACCUACAGUUCACCAAAUCAAUGAUUUCUCUCGGAAUAAACGAGCCGAGAUUUAAUUACUGAUGAUUUCGAACUCUGGAAAAUUCCCAAUUACACGAAAGCAUUAAAAAACGAGCAUUUCAAUGCCUCCAAUCAAAUUUUGCAUUUGCAAAAGAAAAAAUGCACUGCAAAUUAAUCGAAAUGACAAACUCUGUCGAGUAACUAGAUAUUCAAUCGGAUUGGACGUAUUUUUUAAUGUUCUCUGGCCACUAGUGAGGCCUCAAUAUUUUAAUCAAAAUGUCAACGAAUUAAAAAGUGUUUGAAGAAAUGACCAGGUGAAGGGAUUACGUGAGAUGAAUCAAUUGCUCGUCGCAUUUUUUUUAUGAAGGCAUUAUUAAGGGUAUGUAAUAGGUAUCGGGCCAGAUGUUGACGAUUUAAUUUAGCGAAUCCUGUGGAGUAGUGGGAGUAUUUCAACUACGAAUGAGUUAACCUUGGUGGAAGCAUGAUAAGUUGCAAGCUCCUCAUUGGCGAGCAAUACGAAUGAAAGAGUCAAUUGUAAUUAACGAAACAGCAACUAGAGGGGAAAUUUUUUCGUAAGGCCAUUGUGAUUUUAAUGCAAAUUUUGGGCCAAGUCAACAGGACGACUGUGUUGUACACUAAUAUUCAUUGGGAUACUUGUGUUUAAAUAUUUUGAGGGAAUAUCAAUAGUCUAGUGCUUGAUAAUAAUUUUUUUUCGCCAAAAAAUUGAUAAUGAAAACGAAAAAAAUUGUGCUUGGGGUAGUGUUUAUUGGUAAUUUUUAUAUUUUGUUUCUUCGACGUAUGGUUGAACGCAUAUACGUGUAUAAAAUAGAUUAUUUUACUUAUUAUUUUGUAAUUGUAUAUAACUGGCUAGGCUUUAGGGGUGAAUUACGUGUUUAAAGAUGUAUUGUGCGCUUAACCAGAAUGUUUUUGGGGAAUUAAUUGAUUUGGAAAUUAUGAAAGUCGUGGGAAAUUAUCGAUUUUCGUAGGAAAUAAGUUCAAUGAUUGAUUUGUUCACUACACUGAAUUAUUAAUUGAGUUAUUUGUCGAUUUAAGUGGGGGAAGUUUGGAUGAUUUUUAUUUUAAUGUACGUAUCACUGUACAUUGCGAUAGUAAUGUUAACAAUCGAACGAGUGAGGUUUAUUCUAACAGCCCAAUGAACUUUUGGGAAGAAUUGUCGCGCAGUCAAUUCUGCUCGGUUUCAAUGUGUAAAUAAUAAUUGUGAAAUAUCCAAAUAUGUACAUAGAGGAAUGCCUUUUGAAAAUUAGUUUUUAAUUGUUUAAUAUUAUUUUUACGAUUGAAUAGUAGUCACAUUCAAUUUUUCGUUCUUCACGUAGGGAAUAUAUUUAUGGAAUAUUCAGUUUCGUAAGUGAUUAUUCGUCGACGAAAAUGUGGACUUAUGAGGGAUAGGGGUGUAGGUUUACAUUUUUUGGACGAUUUCGUCUUGUGUUUGAGAGACAGUUUUUUUGUUCACCGCCAAAUCAUGUUCUUCCUGUACUGUACAUUAUUUCGAGUACCUCAUUUGAAACUGAGGGUUUAUUAGAGUUUAGAUAUAUUUUUUAGUUUGGGUGAGGGGUAGAGAAGGAGUCGAUUUAAAUUACGAAGAGAUUAGGUUUUAGGGAAUGUCUGAGGCAGAUGAAGAAGAAGGGUUCUGAAAAAAGAUUUUUACGAAAAUUUCGUUUUCUCGUUGGGGUUUAAAGAUGUUUAACAAAAAUUUCAUCAAUUUCACUUGAUUAGUCUUCGGAAAGUCAGGAAGAUAACGACCUUUUUUGAAAAUAAUGAAAUGCGUAAGGAAAAGUUCUUAGAAAAAUUUUCUAUUUCUCGUCAACUCAGACAUAUUCAAUCAAAACUGGAUGUCUAAUCAGUUGAGUUAUUUUGAAAUAAUUUACUUUCAUGACUAGUUUUUGUCAAAUAUCUGGAAACCGUGGAGAGAUAGGAAAAUGUUUGUGAAAUUGUAGUAUAAUUUUUGUAAAAAAAAAAACAGUUCAUGAUAAUUUUGCAGAACAUGGAUAUUAUUCAGAGAUUCAACAGAAACUAUUUUUUGUGGUGAAUUGGUAAACUAGCAAAAUCGAUUGUUUUUCGAAAAUGUUUCUUUUUGUUAAAUCGCUUCUCAUCAAUGUGUGGAAGUCAUUUAGCCAAAAAAAUCUAAAAAAAUCACUUAUCCCAAUUUAUCAAUUCACAGCAGAUUUAAUAAGUUUACUCAUUUGUAAAUAAUUCCACUUGUCGCCUAGUUUUCAUAGAAUAUAUGUAAACUUCAAAAAAUUACAAAAAUUGUAUGAAAUUAUAGUCUUCACAGAUGUUUAAUAACUGAAUUUCUAAUGUGAUAACUUAUUAUUAAAUAAUUCCCUGUCACAACCAGUUCUUAAAUAACUACAGAAUUUAAAAAAAAUAGCGAAAUUUUCGUGGAAUUAUGGUAUCAUAUCUAUAAAAAAAAAUCAGUUCAUGCCAAUUUUACAGAAUCUUCUUUACAUUCAGACAUUCAAAAAGACCAAAAUCUCAAGCCAAAUUGACACCCCACUUCUACCACUUCACCCCUAAUAGAAUUCCGUCAUAAUCCCUGAUAAUCAUCUUCCUCAUCAUAAUUAAUUUCACCUGGAGCUUGUAAAAUCCCAGUCCCCUAAUUUCUCACAAACUGGGAGAGCUUCGCUUGCCAAUAAUUUACAUUUUAGACAACAAAAAAAUAAUACUUUAUGUUUUACUCGAAAGACGCUUGAUUAUAUCUGCUGGAUUAAUUGGGGUUCGAUGUACAUAAAUAAUCUCUAAUUUUAAACAAAAAUCGCAAUCAUGGUGAAAAAAAUUUAUAUCUGUAUUACAGAGGAUAGAGUUGGUGUAAAAAUUUUGUAAGUGUUUUUAAUUGGCUUUUACCUGUCGAAUCGAGAAAUGAAAUUAAACAUGUGUUGCAGUGUUGAAUGAGCCAAACGUUUGACCAAUUCAGUGUAGAGAGCUGACUGUUAUAAAUGAAUCAUUCAAUUACUGAACCACUAAACAUCACCUGUACUUGUUCUUUUUAUUAUCAAAACCCAUUCUGUUCUCACAAUUUAUAAAUUCACGUUUCACGAUUGAUUGAGUGUCACAAGCUCUCUUCCAAAGACGUAAUAACAACGUUAAUAUCAUUGUUUCGGUCUGUUCACAACAAAGCAUCCCCAUCAACAAAAUUCAAUUGAUAAUACUGAAGGGAGGUAUACGUUAUUAGCGUAUUAAAUGAAAAUACUAGAUUAUUAUAUGACUAAAAUCAUAUUUAACCAAGUUGAUGUGCCUGUUUAACGACUUAGCGUAUCAAGUACGAAUAUGCCCAAAUUAAAGAAUAUAUUAUAUGAUCAACUCAUUGGAUAUAAGUGGGAAGAAUAUUAAACAAAUGUUUAUCAUAAUAUUUGGAUCUAAAUAUCGUAAAGUAACUUUACAUGUUUAAUAUUUAAUUGUAUAUCAUAAUUCAUUACUGCAUUACUUCCACGUCUCAAUUGUAUUACAAGAUUUAGUCAUCUCUGUUUUUAGUUUAAUUAUUCAGUCAAUUUAACGUUUACUUUUUAUCGAUUAACUUGCAUUAUCAAAACGAAUUCAGUACUCAAGUGAUAAAACGUGACAAGUCCAUUGAACUAUUUUAUUAAUUGCUUGUUAUCUCGUUAACGAGUGGGUUUGCGAGAAAAAGUUAUAAGCUCUUUUUUUUAGACGAAUAAAUUUCCCAUAAAAAAUGGCAUAUCACAAUUUUUCGUUACUCUACGCAUUACCGAGAUAUUUUCACUUUUAAUAGUGAGUGUAAUAAGCGACUUUUUAAUUAUUAUUAUGCAAUUAGAUGGCUUGUUGCUGUAUCAAAAGAUCAUUAUUAUUAAUUACUGAAUUACUUCCACAUUUCAAUUCUAUUGCAGUCUUUAGUCAUUUCAAUUUCGCCUAUUUUACUGUCAUAUUAAUGAAUGAAGCUUCAUUAUCAAAACUAAUUCAGUUCUAAAAUGAUAUAACGUUAGAAGUCUAAUUAAACAAUUUCUUUAAUUGUUUUUUAUCUCGUAGACAAGUGGUUUUACGAUAAAAAAUGUCAUAAAACCUUUUUUAUAGGGAAAAAAUUUUCAAACGAAAAAUGUUCUGCAAGUUUUUCUCGUGAUUGCACUCAUAACUGAGAUAUUUUCAUUUUUAUUAAUGCAUACUUUUUAAUGAUUCAAUUGAAUUAGUUUUUCCAUAUCAAGAGAUCAUUAUCAUUAAUUAUUUCAUUACAGACUUUAGUCAUUUCGAUUUUUCAACAAAUGAAGCUUCAUGAUCAAAACCAAUUCAAUUCUAAAAUGAUACAACGUAACAAGUCGAAUAGACCAUUUAAUUAUUUGUCUUUUAUCUCAUAAGCGAGUGGUUUUACGAGAAAAAGUCAUAAGAUCUUUUUUUAGAGGAAUAAAUUUCCCACAAAAAAUGUCGUAUCGCAUUUCCUCAUAACUCAACUCAUUGCCGAGAUAUUUCCACUUCAAAUAAUGAAUGUUAAGUCAACUCUUCACGUUUUUAUAAUUAUUCACAUUUUUCACUUCUCUUCGACUUUUAUACUCGAUGAAAUACAUAAUAAAACCCUCCCACAUUGCAUAGUCACUCAUAAAGUCAUGCAAGCGACUAGUGCGCGAACCACUUUACCAUAAUUUCCAUUGAACACGACAUAAUGAAUGGGCACCUAAUUAUGUUGUAAGCGUGUAGAUCAAGAUAAAAAUUAUUGAAUGCAACAGCUAAACUCGAUGAAUAACGAUGAUAAUAAAAUAUAGUAAAACAAUUAUGAUAAUAUAAAUGAGGGGAGAAAUACUGUAACUGUAUAUCGAUGGUUCUAGUUGUGAUAUUUUAGUAAUUUAACAAUUUUUACUAUUUGAAACAAGAAAAAAAAAGAAUUAUUAUAUAUUUGGUAGUCCUAGCUGUAGUGCCUAAAGUUUCGAUCAGAGGGAAUUAUCUGGAAAAUUGUAAAUGGAAAAAAAAAUCAUUGCUGAUCAUAAUGAGUCGUGACGAGGAAAUUUAGACAAAGUAUUUAUAUCAAUGGUGACUGGGAUGCAUUACGUUAUUUAUGAUAGAGUAAUUAUUCUAAUAAUCCUCAUGUUUAUGGUUUAUAGUGAUUAGGAGAAUUACUACUUACUGGAACAAACGAAGAAUUAUGGGGAGAGAGUUUGAGGAUAGUUGUAAGUUGAUAUGGGAAAUGAAAUAUUUUUGAAAUUAGGGAGAGGAGUAUGUGUAGUUAUUGUAGGUCUUCUUUUUGUGGUGUUUCGAGGUAAUACAGAGUAGCAUUGUAGCUUCUAUUAUUGGGUAGGGUAACGACUGCAGGUGGGGAGAUUUGGAGGGGAAUAUUGUAUUUGAGGAGUAUUGAGAUCUAUCGCCUAUAUUUCGCAUGGGGAAAGUAUCUUUUGGGGGGAGGAAGGUCAGUGGAGAAGGGGUUAAAUGGGUUUGAGAGGCAAGAUUUUGUAAGGAAAUGUGGCGAGGAUGACACUUAUAAUGAAAAAUAUUUCAUGACGUGUAAACGUUUUGAUUUGGAAGCAAACAGUUUUGGGAGAAAUGGUAAAAGAAUUUUUUUUGCAAAUAAUGCAAUUUCUAAUGAAGAAUGUGUCGUUACAUUUUCUUUUUUUUAUUUACAGGAUUUGAACUUAUUGGUUUAUUUCGUUAUUUACAAAAAAUAAUACAUAUACAGUUGUACAUUUUCCUCUAAAACUAUUUAUUGUCAGGAUGAUAAUAUCAAAAUCCAGCAAAAUUUGAGGGACUGAAAUCGUAAGAUGUGAAAUUAUAAAUUUUUGACAUUUUUAAUUUUUCUUAAAAACAACUCGUUUUAAGAGAAAAUUGCAGAAGAUCUUUUUCAUACAGGAGGAAAUUUCCAACGUAAAAUGAUUUAUUUUAUCAUUUUUAAUAUCCGUUAGACUCUCUAAAAUGGAACUACAGAUUUUUCGUUACACUGAGUCGACUCGAUGUGAGUUCCAAUGAGAAAAUUCAUCUUUUUAAAUUUUUCGUGGGCGGAAAUUUUUAUUUUUCAAUAAAUUUGAUAGUCUUUCCUCCUUUCCGCUCGAUUCGUGCUUUCCUCCGUAUGAUUUAAGGGGAGACCACAUUGCAAUUCGGAAAUCGUCGGGCGUUGUAGGGAUAGUUAUUGUAGUCUAUAACAUAGACUACAACAAUGAAGUGAGUGAAAAAAAAGUAUGAAAAGACCAAAAUCCGUAAUUUUUUGAAGCUUGCAAAGGGUCAAAAUCGGUCGAAAUGCUUCAACGUCUACAAAAACGUCCAAAUGCCUUAAUUUUUAACCCAUUGAGUUGCACAUCGCUAAAACGUGGACAAAAAAAACAAAAAUCGAUUUCCAAAAAUAUUAAUUUUUCCUGUAUGAAUAAAACUAAAGACAGAUUUUCAGAAAUUUUGAAGUUUCAGUGUAAAGUUGUGGAAGAAUCUGAAAAAAAAUUUACUUCAUUGAAAUAGUAUAUACCGUAAUGUUGUCCAUAUAUCAUAAAAUUAGGCCAUACUACUGAGGAAAUCAAGAAUAUAAAUGCACACAAAAGUAAUUCUGACACAAAAAAUUAAAAAAUUUCCAUUUUACGAAUACAAUACUUAAACUCAAAGGCAAAAAAACUUCUUUACAACAUUUCUCCCUACAACUGCUCAUCUUGAAUCUCCUUAAACCCACAAAAAACUUGAGGAGUUACCUGUCUUGCCCCUUCACCAUUUGAACAGUUCUAAACCAAUUAAUGAAAAACGUCACUGAAAUCCGAAUUUCUCCAAUGGUUGCCACCAUUAUAUCUAAAUCAAACGCACUAGCUUACAGACGUAAGAUAUAAAAACUCGAGUAAAUGACAUGAUAAUCAAAAAACCUUCGACAAUGGGUUCCAAGCUCAAUCUCAAACAACAAAUGAAAACUAACAUUUCGUGCCGUUUCUAUCGACAAGAUGACUCCAAUGUAUUCAACCGUCCACAUGUGACUGUAAAUAAUCUUUAAAUUUACCAUUUUCACUUGCGAGAUGCGGCGAUAGAAAUUUUCCAUUAUGUUGCCUGGAAUAUUCCACACAAUACUAUAGACUGUGGUCUACUUCGAGAACAAUUAGACUAUUAUAAUAAAUUAUCAACUCAUUGUUCUUUCAAUGUUACAUUAAAUUAGAUGUUUACUAUCGUGCAGUAGGCGAGAAUAACAGAAAGAUUUUUUAAAGUUGAGAAAAAAAAAUUUCUAUGCAAAAUUAAUCCAUAAUUGAAUCAAUGAAUGACUAAUUAUUAAUUAAUUAAUUAAUUAAUUAAUAGGGAAUUAUCGAGGGAAUGAAAGGCAACACGUAUUCAACUCAGUAAAUCAACAAUUGAUGACUUGAAGCUGCAUAAUAUGAAGAGUUAACGAUCUAACUAAAAAAUAUUCAACUGCUACUUUGUAAAUUACAUGACUAGAGAACCUCCAAAAAUUUUGUAUUUCAUUUCUAGUGUUUUUAUCCACCAUCACAAUAAUCAAAUAUCAUUAAUCCAAGGACUUGGGAAUUUUAAUAGAUCCGUAAACUGAGAAACGCGCUGAGAAAAGAAUUACCAAUAGCUGUAAAUCUAGAAACUAUUGAAUUAAUAUUGUUAAUAAUCAAUGAUGAUAAUACGUAAUCUUCCCAUAAUAGUGUUUUAUAUGGCUGUAGGUUUACGAAUAAACUCGUCAUAUAUUGA